AAACAGAACUGUUUUUCAAGAGUGAAUCCCAACGUCGUAAGAGAGAGAGGGAGAGAACAGAGAGAAAGAGAAGACUGAGUUGUCCCAGCCGUCCGUGCCAUCGAGCAAAAGCACAAAGUCAAUCGUCCCCGUCGAAAAAACCCACCUGUUCUUCUCUCUCUCAACAGUCCCAUAACUCAAACCCAAACCACCCCCCAAACCCUUGAUCUUACUGGCACAGGUACCCGUUGAAGAAGAAAGAAGACGAAACACAGACCCAAACAAACGGACCAUAGAGAAGACCCAAUUGCAAUAUUGCAAUAUCAUGAUCUUCUUGUUCUUUUAAAUCACAUAUUUUUUUUCAUAUUUAUUCAUUUAUUUAUUGGUGGAGCUAUCAGUUUGAUUUGGUGACAAUGAUCAAUACAACGAGCAGUAGUAAUAGUAUGAUGUCCUCGUCGGUAACAUCGACCAACGGCGCACAAUCGCCUGGUCUGAAGACCUAUUUCAAGACCCCGGAAGGCCGUUACAAGCUCCAGUAUGAGAAGACUUACCCUGCUGGUCUCCUUCACUUCGCCCAUGGCAAGACUGUCACUCAAGUGACCCUAGCUCAUCUGAAGGAUAAGCCAACCCAGACUGCACAGCCAUCAUCCUCAAGUCUGGGUGUUAGCAGUGGUGUUAGAUCAGCUGCUGCAAGAUUAUUAGGCGGUGGGAAUGGAAGUAGGGCGCUUGGUUUUGUUGGAGGGAAUGGUGGGAGUAAAUCAGUUAGUGGGACUAAUAGAGUUGGAUCGUUGGGGGCUUCUAGUUCAAAUGGUCUGUUGGGUAAUUCAAAUUUUGACGGGAAGGGGACUUACUUGAUAUUCAAUGCUGGAGAUGUGAUUUUAAUCAGUGAUUUGAAUUCUCAAGACAAGGAUCCUAUCAAGUCCAUACAUUUCAGUAAUUCAAAUCCUGCUUGCCAUGCGUUUGAUCCAGAUGCCAAGGAUGGGCAUGAUUUGCUCAUUGGUUUGAAUUCUGGAGAUGUUUAUUCAGUGUCACUAAGACAACAAUUGCAAGAUGUGGGAAAGAAGCUUGUUGGAGCACAGCAUUAUAACAAAGAUGGUUGUGUUAAUAAUAGUCGUUGUACUGGUAUUGCAUGGGUGCCUAAUGGUGAUGGCGCUUUUGUGGUGGCUCAUGCAGAUGGAAAUUUGUACAUAUAUGAAAAGAGCAAAGAUGGUUCCGCUGAUCCUUCAUUCCCUGUUAUCAAGGAUCAAACUCAAUUUUCUGUUGCACAUGCACGUUACAGUAAGAAUCCAGUUGCUAGAUGGCAUAUUUGCCAAGGUUCAAUUAAUACCAUUGCUUUCUCAACUGAUGGAGCCUAUAUUGCAACCGUUGGAAGGGAUGGUUAUUUGCGAGUAUUCAACUACAAUAAUGAACAACUUGUAUGUGGUGGAAAAGGCUAUUAUGGUGCUCUAUUAUGUUGUGCUUGGAGCAUGGAUGGAAAGUACAUUUUGACUGGAGGUGAAGAUGAUCUAGUUCAAGUUUGGAGUAUGGAAGAUCGAAAGGUUGUAGCAUGGGGUGAGGGACACAACUCAUGGGUCAGUGGAGUUGCGUUUGAUUCGUAUUGGUCGGCACCAACUUCAGAUGGCACAGGGGAAAGUAUUGUGUACCGGUUUGGUUCGGUUGGUCAGGACACACAAUUGCUAUUGUGGGACCUGGAAGCGGAUGAGAUUGUUGUGCCAAUGCGGCGGCCUCCUGGAGGGUCCCCCACUUUCAGUACUGCAAGUCAAUCAUCCCAUUGGGACAGCACUUGCCCAGUGGGUACCCUGCAACCCGCUCCAAGCAUGCGUGAUGUUCCAAAGCUCUCCCCAGUGGUUAUUCAUCGCGUUCACACCGAACCUCUAUCUGGUUUGAAUUUUACUCAGGAAUCUGUCCUUACCGUCAGCAGAGAGGGGCACAUAAAAAUCUGGAUCAGACCAGGGUCUGCAGAAAGCCAAUCCAGCAACUCUGGUUCUCUGCUGAGCACAAGUUUGAAGGAAAAGCCAUUAUUUCCCGGAAAAGCUGGCAGCACUGGUUACAAGCAAAUGACCUAGAUUGUGGUCAAAUGUCAGGGACAUUCAUCCAAAAUGUCCAUUGUAUAGCCAGGAAUGAGAAUGCCACAUGAGAUUGAAAAGGGAGUACCUGCUCACUUUUGUAAGUAUGAAAUGGCUGUAGGUAGAAUAUUGAAUAACUGACAAGAAUAAUAGAAGCUGCAUCUUUCGAAAUUUAUUACUGUAGAGUCUUUUUUUUUGGUCUAACCAGUUUUGACUGCUGGAAUUGCAUAGUUUGAAUUUGACAUUUAAUUUAUAUAUACUGAACUACCUAAAUUCUCAAGUGGUCUGAUUCUAAACUUUCUGCCUUAGCUACAUGCCAUUUACAGGAUUGUUAGGAGCAGUACAGUGUAACUUCUGGUGUCUGUAAGUGGGCAACGGUCCUGUGCUGCUGCAUCAGGCUACACUCCUCAAAAUAUUUACCAAAAUUUUCUUACUAAAUCAAUGGGAUUGUUGCAUUAGUAGGUCGCAUUAAAUUUUUUUUUUAAUAGAAUUUACUGAUCUAACCAUCUUCAUUCGUUUUGUAAAACUGUUGGUAAAAUGAAAUGGCAUAAUGUGUU